AUGGCCAUGAGCAGAGGAGCAAAUGGCAUGAAGAACACAACAGUCACCACACCAGUUGGUGUCGCCUUGGCUGAUUCCACAAUCUCCGUUAGCCCUUAUGAUCCCGAUGACGAAUACUGGCAAGAAAUCUUGAGGAGAAGGAUAACACUUGCCCUCUUAGUGAUCUACAGCAUCAUCUUCACGUUGGGACUCGUGGGUAACGGGUUGGUCAUUCUCAUCCUUGGCUCCUAUAUGAAGAAGACAGUCAACACGAUCUGGUUUCUCAACUUGACAGUCGCCAACUUCAUCUGCGCCUGCUCUCUUCCACUGAGAAUUGUACACAGUGCCUUGAAGCUUCAUUGGCCAUUUGGCAAAGCCAUAUGCAAACUCAAUGACUCAGUAGCCUACCUGAACCUCUAUGCCAGUGCUUACUUCCUCAUGGCCCUCAGCGUCGACCGUUGCGUUUCGGCCAAGUCCUCUGGCUGGGCUCAAAAUCCGCAGAGAAACCGGAUCGCUUGCUUUGUGGCCUCGGGCAUUUGGGUUCUGGCUUUGGUGUUGUCUUCACCAAGAAUCCAUUUCAGAAGCACCAUGCCAUCACCCAUCGACGAAGAGGUGACCAUCUGCUUCUUCAUUUAUGGCAGUACCUUCAAGCAAACCAAGAUCAACCGCCUGAUCAUGCUGAUCUCCCAGUGCAUCUUUGCCUUUGUCAUUCCCAUCAGCGUGACAAUAGCUAGCUACGUGCCGAGGGCUAAGGGGCAGGGCCCUGUGGCGCGAUGGAGCAAGUCCUUCACGGUUAUCACAGCAGUGACUGCAACGUUUUAUCUCUCUUGGCUACCUUAUCACGUUUUCUCUUUCCUUGACACGCAACUCUACACAACUUCAAAGGUGCUGAUUAUUGGUACUCCCUUGGCAACUGGCUUGGCCUUUGCCAGCACCUGUGUCAAUCCCAUACUCUACAUAGUAAUAGGGUACGAUUUCAAGGAGAGGCCGAGGCGAUCCACCCUCGCUGCUUUCGAAAACGUCUUCGGUGAGGAGAGCAGCAGCAGCCGCAGGAUGCCAGAAACCCAGGCCAAACCUUCAACGGAGAUGAACUCCCCGGACUUAUGA